AUGAAUUUGAUUUCCAAAUCCUUAACAAGAAUCGAAUGUUCGCCGUUUAUCCAUCCGAGAGCAACACAAAUCCCUACCGGAAAACGAUUCACCUCUCACUCUCAGCAAAUCCGUUUACACACUGCGGCGGUCGCCGGAAAACCCGGAAGGAAACAAAGAGCCAAGCCGCCGGUGAAAAAGCCGGAGGUGGUGGUGGUUCCAGCGACGGCGACGACGACGGAGAAUGAAUUGGCUCGGCCGAGUGAGAUAGCUUACGAGACGGAAAUGGCGAAUUGGGUCAAUCUGAUUGGUUUUGUUGACCAACCUGUUCAAUUCGAAGCUUCUUCUGAUGGCAAAUUCUGGGCUGGUACUGUUAUUUCACAAAGAUCCGGUUUAGAUUCCUCUGCUUUCUGGAUUCCGAUAAUAUUCGAAGGUGAUUUAGCGAAAAUCGCAGCUCGAUAUAUAAGUAAAGACGAUUGUAUUCAUGUUUCUGGAAAGCUGUUUAUAGAUUCUCCUCCUCCAAAUAUGACUUAUGCUCAAGCCAAUGUUCAGGUGCUGGUCCAGAAUCUCGAUUUUGUACAGCCUAGUUCUCGGUCUAUGGCUAUAUCAUCACCUGAAAAGGAACAAAUUGUCAUCAAGAAGCGGCCUGCUAGAGUUAAGAAGGAUGUUGUCAUAGAUGAAGCUUCUGAUUCUUGGAAUCACCUAAUUGAAAAUCCUAAAGAAUGGUGGGAUCACCGCGAAAAUAAAGCCAACGGAUUGGUAAAACCAAGACAUCCUGAUUUCAAAAACAAAGACAGCAGUCUCUCACUGUGGCUCAAUAAGGCUCCUGAUUGGGUUUUGCCAAAGCUCGAAGGACUCAAGUUUGAUGUUCUAGUCCCUAAAACCAGAGCAGUGAAACAACUUAAAGGAGAAGAAUCAUGGAAGGAAUUGGUUCAGAAUCCGGAUAAAUGGUGGGACAAUAGAGUUGACAAGAGAAAUGCGAAAGCCCCUGAUUUCAAGCACAAGGAGACAGGUGAAGCACUGUGGCUAAACGAGUCUCCUACUUGGGUAUUAUCAAGACUGCCACCAGUCAAGAAGAAACAAGAAAGUAUUGUCUAG